AUGUUAUUCUUGAUUAUUAAUUAAAAAGUCACGAAAAUUAUUUAAAAGCAUUUGUUACUUAUUUUAGAAAAUAAGAUAGAGAUUUAAAUGGGAUAAUAAAUGAAUAAGAAUUUAAUAAUUUAUGUAAACUUAUAAAUGAAAAUAUUAACUAAGAUACUAUUUAUUAAUAUUUAAAUUAAUUAGAUCCAUAUAAUCAUUAAUAAAUAACCUUUUCUUAAUGCGUUUCUUUAUUUUCAUAAGUACAUUUUUUAUUAAUAAUUUUUAUUAUUUUAUUUUUCAUAAAUAAUUUAAAAGGAAAUAUUAUAAAAUAAUUACUAAGAUGAAAGUAAUUAAUAAUAAACAAUUUUACAAUAUUUACAAAAUAAAUGA